UCCGAAGUCAGUCACAACCCCACUCCCUCUCUUUCUAACACGCAACAAACAAACCUUCGUCUCUCUCUCUCUCUCUCCCCCAACUAUGCUGCAAAGUUCGUCUUCAAGCUCGUCACGAGGACUUGAUGAGGGCUACCUCAUCAACGUCGGCCAGCAGCCACAUGUAAAGCGCUCUCCGAUAAGAAGGAAGGAUGAUACUGGCGGGUGUCUUCCGCUUUACAAUCCAGGGUCCCCAAAGAGGGAGACUCCACGGUCGCGGACGCGGGUGGCCGAGAAGUGGAUCCAUGUCAUUCCUGUGAUUGUGCUGCUCUGCUUCUUUAUUCUCUGGUGGUUCUCUUAUACAGUGAAUAUAACAUUCAAGGAUGGUAAAAUUACAUCUAUACAUCGAAUUGAGAGGUCGGCCCCCGUCAAUGAUACUCAGAUUGACCUUCUUGUCCUGGCAGUGGCUACGUCAUCAAUUGCCUCAGUUCCACUUAAUCUCAUAAGCAAUGAUGAGGCUGAAGUGCAUCCGGCGAGCAAAACUGAUUGA